AUGGUAGACAGCACCAAUGAAUCUACCGUGGGGGACGAUGAGGUCGAGUAUGAAGUCGAAAGAAUCCUUGCACAACAUACCACCGAUGGGAAAAUACUUUACCUUGUCAAAUGGCUCGGAUAUCCAGACGAACAAUGUACUUGGGAGCCAAAGGAGAGCUUCUUAAAUCCUCAAACACUUGCCGAUUGGCAACAACAAUUGGCGCAGGGUGAUACUUUGGACGACGAAGAAGUGGCUGCACUGCAGGCUCGCAUGGAUGCAUACGCUGGGAUACAAGAACGAACCGAUACUGUGCAGGAGACAGUGGAGAGAGCACAUGCGUCAGCUACCGUCGACUACAACCCUCGUUUUUCUUACGGAAGAGAAAAGAUCCAAGGCCUGCUGCAAGAGUCCCCCUCAGCUGAUAACCGAAAGCGAAGUCCAGGACCUCUCUCCAAGCCACUAUCUGAUAUCGUGAAGCUACGGAAGCUCACCGAACCUUCCUCUGCCAAAAUCAGAACCGCACCAUCCAGCACUAACACCCCCAGCACCGGCCAUGGCCAAGCUUCAGUCAUCCGCCGGAAGAGCCCCAGUAUGGCAAACACCAUAGUCGAUUUGCAAUGGUCGGCCGCUGCCCAUACCCACAUGGCCAUCCGAAGUACGCAGCAUCGCACAGGGGAUAGGUUCAAAAACUUGAGACACCAAAACAAUUACUUCAAGCUUACUCGCCGAGAACCGGCGCCAGACAUCUCGAAGAUCGAACGCAGAGCAGCAGAUGAAUGGUUGGUACCUCGCAGAGCCAAGCCAGCGUCUCAAAGCCCAAAUCUCACCUCUGCAAGAGAUGCGGAUGAUGAGUCGUGGCUGUUCGUGCCAGAUGAUGCCCACGAAGAACGCAUUGGAACUGGCACCAGGGUGUCUCCAAUUGACGAUGCGCCAGACCAACGCCCACGCCAAGCUGUUGCGCCAAGUCAUGACAGCAGCGCGUCCUCUCAAAGACUGUCCUCCGUCCCAGAACCUAUCAUACGGGCUGCUGCAGCGGCAUCUUCAAACCCGAUAAUAAAGGCUCGGAAUGGACGGACCUGGCGUCAUGGCGACGUUGUAGUACACCUACGUUACGGCGAUCACGCGGUAGGCGACGUAAAGAUCCUCCAUCUCCCAUCCUGGCUGAGAACCAAGCUGCUGUCACUGAAAAAGCCCUCUGAGCAGGCGCUGCUGGGGAAUACCACACCAGCCUUGGGAGGCAUCGAGUCAUAUGAAGAUACGAUACGAGCUACGGACAGCCUGGCGGAACACUUGGAAGUCAACAAUGUCGCUGCUGUAUGGGAAUAUCCGGAGGAAGAGGAGAACUUGGUCAUGAUCCUCUAUUCCUGUCGGGCUAAGGGGUGGCGCCAUUUCGGCAAAAAACAGGUGACAAUGUUUGAGCCACGACUUCAUUUGGCAUUUCGAAACAAGUUGUUUGGCUUUCGUCUCAAUUGUGGGCCGAAUGAGGGAAUUCCGGCGCCACCACAUCCUGACAAUGCACCAAAUAUCGGCCAGAUUGGGCAUCUAGGUGCCGAAGUCCAGGGCACCAUGCAGGGUGUGAUAUCGCCUGUAGACGCGGACAUGGGUGUUCAAAUCUCGACGUUGGGAUCAACGAACGAAAAGGCCCUGAGCUCAUAUCAGAGUUUGGACGAAACAGAUCCAUCUCCUUCGUUGCGCGACACCAUCUUUUCGAUUGCUGUUGAAGACAUCCUUCACGUCAAAGACCAACCCAGGAGAAAAGCCGCAGUGUAUAUUGCCUUUGCAGCCUCACAUCCACUGCAGGCGACCGCGGUCAAGAAAUGGCUUGGAAGGCACGUUAGCCCACGCCACAUUUACACCGAUGCAGAAAAGGAUGGCUGGGCUGACUGGUGCGAUGAAAUUGAUAAGAAGCUGGCUAUCGUCCUCUUCCACAACGAGCGCCCUCUGUAUUGCGACUUGAAAUACUUUUCGCGAUAUCUAUCCUCGACCGCAGGCAUCUCUUGCUACGAAAUGUCGUUCCAAUAUCACAAGGAUGCCACUUCGCACUGCGCAAUCUCCAGACUUUUUCCAAGAGGUGCUGCGAUAUUUAUCACAGAAAGAUCAAUGCGGAAGUUUCCAGAAGAGUCGUUGUAUGCGAUGCGAUGGUUUCAAAAAUCCUCGGCGAAGAAGGUCGAGAGUUGGAAAAUGUGUCUUAUGCCAAACGCGGUCGACUGGAUACUACGACAGGCCCAGGAAUGUGGUAGUGAAGACCGACAAAAUUACAUUGGAAUGCUCGAAGUGAUCCACAGGCUACAGGCGCAGUCGAAGAAAUGGGACGUUCGAAGAGCGAACGGCGACCCUGACGAUUUGGUCACCAAGGUCCCCCGGUAUGAGCAACAAAGAUUUCUCCUGUCGCUGCCCGUUCCACCGAAAUAUCCAAAAUGGUCUGAGACGACGGUGCUUGCCGAAAUGUCGGAGGAUCAGAUUGACGACCGCGAUCUCAUACUUCUAAAUUAUUUCUAUGGCUUGGGGGCGACGAAGGCGGCACAGUACCGGAAAUUUCUGGUGUUGGACGACAAGCAGCCCGAUAAGACUCGCAAGCACUCCUGGCAUGUCAAAUUCUGGCAUCCCACCAAAUUCGUGCGCGAGAUGAAGUACUGA